AUGAGCGCGCCGUCCGCCCCGACGCUGACGCGGUGCCGCCCGUGCGCGCCCGCGACCGAGCGCGGCCGCGGCGUCCUCCUCGGCGCGUCCGCCCGCGACGGCGGCGUCCUCGUCUACGCCAGCGGCCGCGCCGUCGUCGUGCGCGCGCUCGACGACGACGCGAAAAAUAAUGAUGUCGCGCCGCGGCUCUACCACGACCAUCAGUACUCGACGACGUGCGCGCGGCCGUCGCCGAACGGCGAGUGGAUCGCGUCCGGGGACGUCUCCGGACGCGUGAGGGUGUGGGGGUUGAACGACGACUUCACGCUCAAGGCGGAGCAUCGACCGAUCGCGGGAGCGGUGGACGACAUCGCGUGGAGCGCGGACGGGCAGCGGAUCGUCGCGUCCGGCGACGGUAAGGGCGGCGUCUUCGCCAAGGCGUUCGCGUGGGACGGCGGCUCCGGCAUCGGCGACGUGAGCGGGCAGACGAAGCGCGUCAACUCGUGCGACUUUCGCCCCGCGCGGCCGUUCAAGGUGGUCACCGCGUCGGAGGACUUCGCGGUGUCGAUGUUCGCGGGGCCGCCGUUUCGAUUCGCGCGGUCGGUCCACAAGCACGCCAACUACGCCAACUGCGUGCGAUAUUCGCCGAGCGGCGAACUCUUCGCGUCCGUCAGCUCGGACGGCACCGGGAAGAUCUUCCACGGGGACAGCGGGGACGCGCUCGCGUCGAUACCAAAAGGCGGGAAGACGGGCGGCGGGCACGCGGGGACGGUGUACGGGCUGGCGUGGAGCCCGUGCGGGACGAAAGCGUUGACGUGCGGCGCGGACAAGACCUGCCGGUUGUGGGAGGUGCGUUCGAGUCACACUGCGCCGCCGAGUUGCGUCGAGCUCGCGACGUUCGCGUUCGAGGGCGGCGCGGAGGCGAUGCAGGUGGGAUGCGUCUUCGUCGGCGAGAGAAUGGCGUCGUUGUCCCUGAGCGGCGUCGUCAACGUGCUCUCUCUCGACGACCCGUGCGGCGCGCCGUCGUCGCGCGCGCUGUUGGGCCACCCGAAGAGCGUGUCGUGCCUCGCCGUGGACGUGGACGGCGGCGGUGACGUGUUCUCCGCGAGUUUGUCGUCGCUCGCGGGGGGCGACGCGGUCGUGAUUCGGUGGUCGGAGAGCGACGACGGCGGCGACUGGAGCGCGGUCGUCUCGGGGGAAAAGCACGGCCAUAAAUCGGUCGUCGCGAUCACAGCCAAGGGCGCCGGCGGCGGGCGCGUGCUGACCGUCGGCAUGGACGACACUUUGCGGGUUAUAAUGGUGUCAGAAAAUACGGAAGGUGGUGUCGGAGAUUUCGCGUACGUCCCGGGCGCGGCGUUGAAACUGACGGAGCAGCCGAGGGACGUCGACGCGGACGCCUCCGGCGCGCUCGCGGUCGUCGCGACGACGCGCGGGUUCGAACUCGUCCACAGCGCGGGGUACACGGCGUUGUCGCCGGAAGGCGGCGCCGAGCGCGUGCUGACCGCGGGGAUGUCGCCGGACGGCGGAGAGGUCGCCGUCGGAUGCAAAGACGGCGCCGUCCACGUCUUCGCGAUAUCGAAGUCGACGAACGACGGCGGCGGCGGCUCGCUGAAUACCACGGAGACGCGCGUCUUGUCGCGGCACAGAGGCGAGGUCACGUCCGCGCGAUACUCCCCGUGCGGCGGCAAGCUCGCGACGUGCGACGGCAACCGCGAAGUCGUCGUCUGGGACGCGCGCUCCGGGGAGGUGAUCUACGAUAAAGCCGUGUUCCACAAGGCGCGCGUCACGGCCGUCGCGUGGUCGCCGGACUCGAGACGGCUCGCGACGGGGUCGUUAGACGGCGGCGUGAUCGUGUGGGACCUCGCGAAGCCCGCGAUGAGCGGCCACGUGAAGAUCGAGAACGCGCACGCGGGCGGGUGCGCGUGUUUGGAGUGGAAAGACGAAAACGCGCUCGUGACGGGCGGGUUCGACGCGUGCGUCAAAACGUGGCGCGUGCCGUGA